AUGUUAAACUAUGCUCAAUCAGGGGCCAUUAAGAAGCGGCAGAGACAACGAUCAUUCUUAUUUGAUUUCAAAACUGGUACAAGAUGUAAUAAAAAAUAUUCUGGAAUGAAUGGGCUUGAAAACAAUGAGACGAAAUCUGAAUUACCAUUCAUUGAAGUAGAUGUUCCAGCUGCCACCGAUAAUUUCUCUCCCAAUAAUAAGCUUGGAGAAGGCGGUUUUGGUGCUAUCUAUAAGGGUUGCUUGUUCAACGGGAAGAAGAUAGCUGAUAAAAGAUUAUCUAGUCAUUCAGGGCAAGGAAUGGAAGAGUUUAAAACUGAAGUUCUAUUGAUUGCCAAACUUCAACAUAGAAAUUUGGUUAAGCUCCUUGCUUGUAGCCUCGAGGAAGAAGAAAAGAUGUUAAUCUAUGAGUACAUGCCCAACAAAAGCUUGGACUUUUUCAUUUUUGGUAUGUUUCUCUCCAUACCACCUUAA